AUAGGGAGGAGGGGGAGGAGGGAUGCGAGGGGAGGAGGCUGGGCAGGUUGGCCGCUUAUUUGAGCGAAAGUAGCAGUUUGUAUUCGCUCAGUGUUUGCCACAACUGAGCUGAGCCCAGCGCGUGAGGGCCGAGCAACAGCAGCCAACGCCGCCAGCCUUGCUGUGUAGGGAGCCCCAGCCAGCUACCCCGACCCCCUCAUCUUUCGCCUCAGCCUCCUGAGAAGUGCCCCACUCGUGGCAUUUUAGUGUGGGGACGGACGCGGGAAGGCGGCUGCUGCUGCCGCCACCACUUGCUUAGCUGACUGGCUGACUAACUGACCCUCUCGCCUCUCCUGAGUAGCCGGAGGAUAUUCAGCUACGCUUCCUGCUGCCCACAAGAAGCCUCGAGCAGGGAGGGCGUCUUUGGCAGCCCAGCGUCACCACCGCCGGGGAGAGGGUGAAGAGUUGGUGCCGCCGCUGAAUUUUUAAUGGAAAAAUGGCGUUCUCAGCUCAGACCUGCGGCGCAUCUUGCAUCGUCCCGGCUCUGUGCAGUCAAAUAAUCCUGUGCCUCAUCCUCGCGACUCCCACCGCGGAUGGCUACAGCUUUCCCCAACAGUACACAAUGCAGUACUGGGCCAGAAGGCUGGAACAAGAGAUUGAUGGAGUGAUGAGGAUAUUUGGUGGUGUUGAUCAGCUCAAACGGAUCUACGAUGAAAAAAAGAACCUGUUUGAAGUAAGAGAGAAUGUCCCAGAGAAAAUAGUGGAAAAAGUGGCAGGGGACAUUGAGAGUCUGUUGGCCAAGAAAGUCCAGGCAUUAAAGAGACUGGCUGAUGCAGCAGAAAAGUUUCAGAAAGCCCAUCGCUGGCAAGACAACAUCAAGGAGGAAGAUAUUGAAUAUUAUGACUCCAAGGCUGGCACAGAAUAUGAUGAUCCAGAGGAAGAAAAAAUGGAAAGAGAAAAGUCCAAUUCCUUGAAACUGGAUUUCACUGAAGACAGCAACUUUAAAACCAAGGUUAACUACUCUUACGCAGCCGUGCAAAUACCUACAGACAUCUACAACGGCUCUACUGUAAUCCUCAAUGAGCUGAACUGGACUGAAGCCCUGGAGGAUGUAUUUGUUGAAAACAGAAAAGAAGACCCAUCUCUGCUGUGGCAGGUCUUUGGGAGUGCCACAGGUGUAACUCGCUUCUACCCAGCCACUCCUUGGAGGAUGCCCAAUAAGAUUGACUUGUAUGAUGUCCGACGAAGGCCUUGGUAUAUUCAAGGGGCGUCAUCACCAAAGGACAUGGUGAUCAUCGUGGAUGUGAGUGGCAGCGUUAGUGGCCUGACACUGAAAUUGAUGAAGACAUCAGUCCAUGACAUGCUCAACACUCUCUCAGAUGACGACUAUGUUAAUGUGGCUUCAUUUAACCAAAAUGCACAGCCUGUAUCCUGCUUCAAGCAUUUAGUCCAGGCAAAUAUCCGCAACAAGAAUGUCUUCAAAGAGAAAGUGGAAUUAAUGGAGGCCCAGGGAACCACUGACUACAAGGCCGGCUUUGAGUAUGCCUUUGAACAAUUGCAAAAUUCCAAUAUCACAAGAGCCAAUUGCAAUAAGAUGAUCAUGAUGUUCACUGAUGGAGGAGAAGAUCGCGUACAAGAUGUGUUUGAGAAGUAUAACUGGCCAAACAAGACAGUACGAGUAUUCACCUUUUCUGUUGGACAGCACAACUAUGAUGUCACUCCUCUGCAGUGGAUGGCAUGUGCUAACAAAGGAUAUUACUUUGAAAUUCCCUCCAUUGGGGCCAUCCGAAUCAACACACAGGAAUACCUGGAUGUCCUAGGAAGACCCAUGGUUUUGGCAGGGGACAAGGCAAAGCAGGCUCAGUGGACCAAUGUCUAUCGGGAUGCUUUGGGUCUGGGCUUGGUGGUGACAGGCACUCUGCCGGUGUUCAACCUCACUGAGGAUAACAGCAGUGAAAAGAAGAACCAGCUCAUCCUAGGUGUUGUGGGGAUUGAUGUGGCUCUGAAUGACAUCAAGAAGCUGACACAGCGAUACAAUUUAGGGGCAAACGGCUAUAUAUUUGCUAUUGAUCUGAAUGGAUAUGUAUUGCUACACCCAAAUCUGCGACCUCAGGAGGGGGGAGAAUUCCAGGAACCUGUGACCUUGGACUUCCUUGAUGCUGAACUAGAAGAUGAGAACAAAGAAGAGAUCCGGAGAAGCAUGAUAGAUGGAUUUAAAGAUCAGCGAUACAUCAAGACUCUGAUCAAGUCACAGGACGAGAGAUACAUAGAUAAAGUCUACAGGACCUAUACCUGGGCACCUAUCAAAAGCACAAACUACAGCCUAGGUUUGGUCUUGCCACGCUACAACACUUAUUACAUCCAAGCUAUCCUCAAUGACCAGAUUCUCCAAGUGAAGUAUUUUGAAUACCUGCUGCCAAACAGCUUUGAGUCCGAGGGACAUGUAUUCAUUGCUCCAAGAGAAUAUUGCAAAGACCUCAGCCAGUCGGAUAACAACACUGAGUUCCUGGAAAACUUUAUCGCCCUCAUGGAAAAGGUGACGCCUGACUCCAAGCAAUGCGAUAACUUCCUCCUUCACAACCUCAUCCUGGACACAGGAAUCACCCAACAGCUGGUGGAAAGAGUGUGGAAGGACCAAGACUUAAACACGUAUAGCCUCUUAGCUGUGUUUGUUGCCACAGAUGGUGGCAUCACUCGCAUAUUCCCUAACAAAGCUGCUGAAGACUGGGAAGAAGACCGAGAGCCCUUCAAUGCCAGCUUCUAUCGGAGAAGCCUAGAUAACAAAGGCCACAUCUUUAAGCCACCUUACCGGGAUUCCAGCUACAGAGGGCUAGAGCUGGAAAACAACACCGUUGGGAUCCUCGUUAGCACAGCUGUUGAGCUGAACUUUGGUGAGAAACACUUGAAACCAGCAGUGGUUGGAGUGAAACUUGACCUGGAGGCAUGGGCAGAAAAAUUUAAAGUCCUUGCAAGUAACCAAACGGAAAGGGAUCAGCUGGGGACACGAAGAUGUGACCCCUCCACAAGCUGUGAGAUGGACUGUGAGGCUAAUUACAAGGACCUCCUUUGUGUUCUCAUCGAUGAUGGGGGUUUUCUGGUACUCACCAAUCAGGAAGAUAACUUGUUCCAGGUAGGAAAGUUCUUCAGCGAGGUGGAUGCUCACUUGAUGUCUGCUCUGUACAACAACUCAUUCUUCACACGAAAAGAAUCAUAUGACUUUCAGUCGGUCUGUGCCCCAGAAGCUCCGAGCAACACAGGAGGUGCUCCACGUGGGGUGUAUGUGCCAACCAUGGCAGAUUUCCUGAACCUGGCCUGGUGGACCUCAGCAGCUGCAUGGUCUCUGUUUCAGCAGUUCUUGUAUGGACUAACCUACAACAGCUGGUUUCAAACAGAAGAUGUCACAGCUGACAGCAUGGAAUCCAAGGAAACCAGCUGCGUUAUGAAGCAGACCCAAUACUACUUUAGCACAGUUGACUACACUUACAACACCAUAAUUGACUGUGGAAAUUGCUCCAGGCUAUUCCAUGCACAAAGGCUUGCUCGCACCAACCUUCUGUUUGUUGUAGCAGAAAAGCCAAUAUGCAGCCAGUGUGAAUCCACCAAGCUUCUCCAAGCAGAAAUAAAGGCUCCAGCAGGAGAUCCCAAUCAAUGUGAACUAGUAGACAAGCCACGGUAUCGAAAAGGACCCCACAUCUGUUUUGACUACAAUGCAACGGAAGAUACUACAGACUGUGGAAGAGGGGCCUCCUUUAGGCCUUCUUUGAGUGUCUUGUCAUCUCUGCAGCUCCUCCUCCUCUAUUUGACUGCCAGUUACCAUCCACUGCCCUUGGUGUCUUGCCUUUGAAACAUCCAUUUAAUCUAGCCCAUCCAUUUUUACUUUAUGCACCAUCUCCAUUCCCUCCAGACUUGCCAGAGGGCAGCUGCCUACUCCCAUCAGCCCUGGUUACACCUUGGCACUCACUCAUGAGGACCUUCUCUUUCGUCAUUCAGAAGUCCAGAAGCUAUUCUCAUUGUUUGUUUCUCGGUUUCCUUCAUCCUCUCCUUGCCCUUCCAGUGUGUCUGCACAGCAGGUUGUGCAAACAGCGCUCUGAGCAAGACUUUGGGAAGCACGAACCAUUGUGACCUUCUCACAGUGAACAUCCUUGUGCUUUGAUUCAUUACUCCCCUCUCUACCCACUGAGCUGUUGGCCAAAUACAAAGAACAGUGGCCUCAUAAUUUUUCCCACUGAAUCUGUGGAAUUCUGGGAGACCUUUGUCAGUUUUCAUCAGGAGAUGUCUCAUCAUUUUAUUGUCUUAAAACAAUGCUGACAAAAUAUGAUUGUGUCUGAAACAAUUUACCUUCUCAUCCCAAUCACACAAACAGCAGCAACAAAAUUAUUAAAUAGGACAGAAAAAAUGGUAUAUUCUUGCCAAAUGGAUUCUGUAGUCUAGUUAACCAUUCAGCCAAUUCCAGUGGCUUGUUAAACUCAAACUAAUCCUAGGAUGUCACAGUGGCAUCUCCAUCCCACCCAGUUUGCUCUGUGCUUUCCAAAGCCAUCCUUUCUGAAUCUCUCAUUAGUUAGGUCACAUCUCAAAUAAAUUUUUUAAUUAUUAUUUUUAGCCUGAAGAUUUUAAUCUAGAUCUUUCUACAUCUAAUUUCCAAGCAUUUUAGCGUGACAAAUUAUAUUUAUUGUCAGCAACAAAGACACAGAGAGAAAAAAAGGAUUUGACUUGAAUUUUAUGGUCAGUAUUAUUUCUUUAAACCAAUUCACACCAUACUGAGAGGACUUGGAGAACAAGCAGGAGAGCAGCAAAUGUGGAAAGAUCCUUAUCCACACCAUUCCAGUAACCUAUGCAUGGUUGGAGGGUACAGGGGCUCUCACCAUCUUUGGCAGAAUGAAUUGCAAGACAGAGUAAUUCCAGUGGACAACAAACAUGGCUAAAACCCAGCAGUCCCUGGCUCCAAUCAUUUCCUUGCCUCUCCUUUUUGUAACUGGGCCAAGAAAUGUUUGAGUCAAUCAAGAAAACAAGAUAAUAUCUUCUGCUGCCCCAAAUCACUGUGAAGACUUCACUUUGGGAUUUCUGCAGCAUUCUUCCCACGAGGUGAGCCAAGGGUGAAACUGGCCAAGACAAAGGUGACCUUCUUCCUAGCUCACACUGCCCCUUUUCUUCUAAAGGAUAUUGUCCACCAUGUUUGGCAGCAGCAGUCUAUGCCAAACCAAGACAAGAAGGUGAUAGCCAAAAGAUUUCUUUCUGAAUUUUGUGCAGAAACUUAACUGCACCUUUACUGUGCCCUCCAUCUAUCCAGUACUGGAAUUACAGUGGUGAGAAAUGGGGUGCAACAGGCCCUCUAAAAGCAGGUAUUUUGCUGAGAGCUAAAUGUCUCCACAUUCCAUGUACUUUAGCAGAAAGUACUUGGCAUCACGGUGAAGGUCAUUUUGACACCUGCCACUCACCUCAAACCCGCAGAACUCUUCAAAUGGUUUUGCAGUACACAUUGCAUGGCUGGGAUUAUUAUCACUGACAGCAGCCAUGUGUAGAGUUGAAAGCAAGAGUAAAACUAGAAUCCGUUACCCAAUCUCCUCAAAAGCUGACUGUUGUUUAGGGCACAUUACCAGCUUUUGUGCCUAUUUGUGCUCACAUACAAUGAUAAAUACACCUUGCCAUUUAACACAAAUAGCAAGGCUUUCAGUCCCCAGAGAACUCCAGAAUUUCCUUCUCUUCAGCCAAAUAUGCCUGUGCAUUCCCUCUGCACUCGGAGUAGCCAGCAAAGUGGGAAGGAUCCUCUCUCGUUUCUGCUGUAUGUGAUAUCAGAGCCAGAAUCUGAGAUACACUUCUGAGCAACGUGAU